AUGCCAUGCGCUGAGAGGCUGAGGAGUAGACAAGGCAUGCUUACCAGCACGGCAGAGAAGAGGGAGUACAAACCCAGCACGUGCCGUGUUGUGUUUGCAGAAAGAAGGACCGCCCCGCCACGGGCCGAGGAAAGGGAUGCGCAGGUGAAAGGCGUUCCGUGUCGGCGUGCUGCUUUGCGCCGCGUUCUUUCCACGUCGGGGCGUCGUGCUGGGCGCACCCAGCAGGUUCUGUGCGACGCCUCCGAAUGGGCGCUGCAGCAGUUUGGUUUGUUAUGGAAUUCAGCAAAUGAAAAGUUACAAGAACUGUUCCUGCAAGAAGUACGGAUGGGAGAACUUUGGUUAUCUAGAGGAGAGCACAGAAUGGGGGUUGAUCAUCUCAGCAAUGCCCUUUUAGUGUGUGGACAACCACACGAACUUCUCACGGUUUUCAAGCAAACACUUCCUCCCAAGGUAUUUGAGAUGCUGUUGCACCAAAUUCCCCUUAUCUGCCAGCAAUUUGAGGCAGACGCAAAUGAACAGGAGGAUGAUCCCAACUGA